AUGGCGGCGCCCAGGGCGCUGGCGGCGGCGCGGCGGGCGGCGGCGCGGGGGUGGCGCGGGGCGGGCGGCGGGGCCGGGCCGGGGCGGAGCCGCCUGUACGAGCACGUGCGCGAGGGCCUGAGCGCGCGGCCGCAGCUGGACGUGGCGGCGCUGAGCGAGCGGGAGCUGGAGCGGCGGCGGGGGCCGCUGCGGGCGGGAGACCUCCGCGAGAUCGUGCAGACGUGGUCCCGCCUGGGGGAGGUGCGGGCCAGCAUCGCCCGCCUGGAGGCCGAGAAGGGGGAGGUGGCCCGGGGCGUGCGGGCCCUGAUGGCAGCCCACGACAAGGAGACGGCGGAGGCGCUCCCCGCGUACGCGGCGCUGCGGGCCCGCGGCCGCCAGGUCCGGCUGCAGCUGCAGGCGCUGCUGGCCGAGGAGGCCACCCUGGACGAGAGCUUCUACCUCAAGGCCCUGCAGCUCCCCAACCGCACCCACCCCGAGGCGCCCGUCGGGGACGAGAGCCAGGCCCGCGUGCUGGAGGUGGUGGGAGAAAAGCCAGCGUUUGACUUCAAGCCGAAGGGACACCUGGAGCUGGGCGAGGGGCUGGACAUCAUCCGCCAGCGGCGCCUGUCGCACGUCUCGGGGCACCGCUCCUACUACCUGUGCGGGGCCGGCGCGCUGCUGCAGCACGCGCUCGUGCGCUUCGCCCUGGCCAAGCUGCUGCCCAAGGGCUUCCUGCCCAUGACGGUCCCCGACCUGCUGCGAGGCGCCGUUUUCGAGGGCUGCGGCAUGCAGCCCAACGCCACCCCCUCGCCUGUCUACAACAUCGACCCCUCCCGCUUCGAGGACCUCUGCCUGGCCGGCACCUCCGAGGUGGGGAUCGCAGGGUACUUCAUGGACCACGCUGUGCGGCUGGAGGACUUGCCCAUCAGGGUCGUCUGCUCCAGCACCUGCUACCGGGCUGAGACCGACACGGGCCGGGAGCCAUGGGGGCUCUACCGUGUCCACCAGUUCACCAAGGUGGAGAUGUUUGGGGUGACGGCGGCGGAGAGCGGGGCGGAGAGCGAGGCGCUGCUGGCCGAGUUCCUGGCUCUGCAGAAGGAGAUCUUCUCCGAGCUGGGACUGCAUUACCGCGUCCUCGACAUGCCCACGCAGGAGCUGGGGCUCCCCGCCUACCGCAAGUUCGAUAUCGAAGCCUGGAUGCCCGGACGGGGCAAAUACGGGGAGAUCUCCAGCGCCUCCAACUGCACCGACUACCAGAGCCGGCGCCUGAACAUCAUGUACAGCGAUGGGGCCGGGCGGCUGCAGCACGCGCACACGGUGAACGGCACUGCCUGUGCUGUCUCCCGGAUGCUCAUCGCUCUUCUGGAGUGCAACCAGCUGCCAGACGGCCGUGUCCGCGUGCCCCCCGCCCUGCAGCCCCUCGUCGGCCAGGCCGUGCUCGCCCGGCCCCCGGCCCCGCUCCUGCGCUACAUCGGCCCCAACCAGCCCCGGGGGGGCCGCGAGGUGCCCUGA